CUCUCUCUCUCUCUCUCUCUCUCUCUCUCUUGGCUUCAAGCGUCACUGGAAACGAGAGACUUUCAUCUCUCUCCGAUUUUUGCUGCUUCUCACUCACUCAAAUCACGUUUUUCCCGGGAGGGCCGGUGGCAAGUGCUACCUUCCAAGCUCAGCAAAAUACAGAUCUCUCUCUCUCUCUCUCUCCCUCCCUCUCUUUCUCUCUCAUAAGAAACCCUAGCUAGAAGGAUACAAAAGAAGAAGAAGAUGGUCUCCACUCUCUCGGGGAUACGCUUCCCUCUUAUACCUUCCGGUUUCAAGUCCUCCUUGCAUUCCAACUUCAAUGGCGGCGAUCGGAGGUCCACCACCCUCUGCCUCUUGCUCGACAACACCUCCUCCUUCUCUCGGAAGAUCUUUGCCGGAAAGUCUUCGUAUGAUUCUGAUUCGCCUUCUUCUUUAACUGUUGCUGCUUCAAAGAAAGUUCUUGUUCCUGGAGGUCCGACCGAUGGCUCUCCCCCUUUGACAGAGCAAUUGGAAGCUCCCAGCACAGAUUCAGAGGAUCCUCAGGUGCUUGAGGAUGUAGACAGUGUAACUAUGGAAGAUGAGAUUGUUGAUGAUGAAGCAAUUUCUUCGUUAGACGUGGGCAGUGUUGAUGAUGAUAAAACCAAGGUUGAGGAAACACCUAGUCUUUUAAAAGGGACAGCAAGUACUGCUCCAAAGUCAAUUCCACCACCUGGCACUGGGCAAAAAAUAUAUGAAAUAGAUCCACUUUUGAAGGGCUUCCGUGAUCAUUUGGAUUACCGAUAUGGACAAUACAAAAGGUUGCGUGCGGAAAUUGACAAGUAUGAAGGUGGUUUGGAGGUGUUUUCUCGUGGCUAUGAGAAGUUUGGGUUCACACGCAGUGCCACAGGUAUCACUUAUAGGGAGUGGGCACCUGGAGCUAAGUCCGCAUCAUUAAUUGGAGAUUUCAACAAUUGGAAUAUGAAUGCGGAUGUGAUGACUCGGAAUGAAUUUGGGGUCUGGGAGAUCUUUUUGCCAAACAAUGCAGAUGGUUCACCCGCAAUUCCGCAUGGUUCUCGAGUGAAGAUCCGUAUGGAUACUCCUUCAGGUGUCAAAGACUCAAUUCCUGCUUGGAUCAAGUUUUCGGUACAGGCUCCUAAUGAAAUCCCAUACAAUGGAAUAUACUAUGAUCCUCCAGAAGAGGAGAAGUAUGUAUUUCAACAUCCUCAGCCAAAGAGACCUCAAUCGCUCCGCAUUUAUGAGGCACAUGUUGGAAUGAGUAGCACAGAGCCAAAAAUUAACACAUAUGCUGAAUUCAGAGAUGAUGUGCUACCACGCAUUAAAAAGCUUGGUUACAAUGCUGUUCAGCUCAUGGCUAUUCAGGAGCAUUCCUACUAUGCCAGCUUUGGGUACCAUGUCACCAAUUUUUUUGCACCUAGCAGCCGAUGUGGAACGCCUGAUGAUCUGAAAUCUCUGAUAGAUAGAGCUCAUGAACUUGGUCUGCUUGUACUCAUGGAUAUUGUUCACAGCCAUGUAUCAAAUAAUACGUUGGAUGGGCUGAACAUGUUUGAUGGAACCGAUAGUCACUACUUCCACUCUGGGUCCCGAGGAUAUCAUUGGAUGUGGGAUUCUCGCCUUUUCAAUUAUGGAAGUUGGGAGGUUUUGAGGUAUCUUCUCUCAAAUGCAAGGUGGUGGUUGGAAGAAUUUAAGUUUGACGGGUUCAGAUUUGAUGGUGUAACUUCAAUGAUGUACACUCAUCAUGGAUUGCAGGUAGCAUUUACUGGAAACUACAGCGAGUAUUUUGGAUUAGCAACAGAUGUAGAGGCUGUCACUUACCUGAUGCUGGUUAAUGAUUUGAUUCAUGGACUCUACCCUGAAGCUGUUAGCAUUGGUGAAGAUGUUAGUGGAAUGCCAGCAUUUUGUAUUCCUGUUGCGGAUGGCGGUGUUGGAUUCGAUUAUCGCCUGCAUAUGGCUGUUGCUGAUAAAUGGAUUGAGCUCCUCCAGAAAAUGGAUGAAACCUGGCAAAUGGGUGAUAUUGUUCACACACUGACCAACAGAAGAUGGGGAGAGAAGUGUGUUGCUUAUGCUGAAAGUCAUGACCAAGCUCUUGUUGGUGACAAAACAAUUGCAUUCUGGUUGAUGGACAAGGAUAUGUAUGAUUUCAUGGCUCUGGAUAGACCAUCAACUCCCACUAUAGAUCGUGGAAUUGCAUUACACAAAAUGAUUAGGCUAAUUACUAUGGGAUUAGGUGGAGAAGGAUAUCUGAAUUUUAUGGGGAAUGAAUUUGGACAUCCUGAGUGGAUUGAUUUUCCAAGAGGGGUUCAACAUCUUCCAAAUGGAAAAAUAGUUCCUGGGAACAAUAACAGUUUUGACAAAUGCCGGCGUAGAUUUGAUCUUGCAGAUGCUGAAUAUUUAAGAUAUCAUGGCUUGCAAGAAUUUGAUCGAGCAAUGCAUCAUCUUGAAGAAACCUAUAGUUUCAUGACUUCCGAGCACCAAUAUAUAUCCCGAAAGGAUGAAGGAGAUAAGGUUAUUGUCUUUGAAAGGGGAAACCUGGUUUUUGUCUUCAAUUUUCAUUGGAGUAAAAGCUAUUCAGAAUACCGAGUAGGCUGCUUAAAGCCAGGAAAGUAUGAGAUUGUCUUGGAUUCAGAUGAGAAAAUAUUUGGAGGCUUCGAUAGGAUUGCUCACACCGCGGAGUACUUCACAGUUGAUGGAUGGUAUGAUGAGCGGCCUAAUUCCUUCCAAGUAUAUGCACCUUGUAGAACAGCUGUGGUCUAUGCUCUAGUAGAGACAAAGGAAACGAUACCCAUCAAAGGCUGAUUUUUUAUACUAGUAAAAUUCUGGCACUGAGAAUCUCUACAUCUUGCUGCAAAGACGCCAUGUACACUUGCUAAUAAAGCAGAGUGCAGUUUAUGUGGAAUAAUGUUUGCCAUCUCUGGCAGCUGUGCCAACCUAAGUCAGAAGAAUAAGGUCAAGGAAGUAGUUGCGGAACAUGAACUUCAAAAAUGAGAAUUUAUGUAUAGUUCAGACUUCAGACGACCAACCCCACCUAGGCAUAUAAAGUAGACUAAUGUUCCAGUUUGUGAAAAAUCCUUCUGUAAUUAUUUUCCACGUUAAGCCCGAUGACUGCCUGCCUAGAGAUUUUGCAUUGUAUUAGAUAGCAUGUAGCUGAUUUAUGGUCAUACACUUGAAUAAUUUAUAAGUCA